AUGGAAGUUCACGCAAAGGACGAGUAUACAAUUGAGGUGCUGAAAACAAACCACACUGUGCUAAAUUUGGUCAGAUGGGCGAUCGGGCAGUUUGAGAGCGUGCACGAGGUGGACCUGGUUGGAUACACAAUUCCGCACCCCAUGGAGGAGAGGGCUCUGAUGAAAAUCCAACUGAAAAAAGAAGAGAGCCAGACAAGAGAGGCGAUUAUGGACGUGUUCCGAAGAGGAGUGGCUGCAACCCAGAGUGUAAUAGAUAAAAUACAAGCAGAAAUGCUUAAAUAG